AUGAACGGAGGGACCGCACAAGCCUACAGCCUAUUAAUGGCGGAUGUACAGCAGAGUGGCUUCGGCGGCGGCGGCGGAGGAGGCGGAGUAAACGGCGCCCGGGGGAGCAUGGAGCGUUCCUCGCGGCUGCUGCCGCUGCGGCAAGCUAUCUUGGCCAAUAGCAUCGUCAAUAACCAAUACAAUGAAGAUGCUGGUGAUGAAAUUGAGGAUAUUGCUAAUGGCGGCGUGGCGGACGCUAACCACUGGGCCGCAUCCAGCUUGCUCAUGCGCACGAAGUGCAACGGAGCCGACAGCAGUACUCAUGGUGAAGCAAUAAGCGAAGAACUUAGGCAGUCUCAGCAUAAUGUGGAGGGCGCAGUUGCGAUGGAAUUGGUCGGCAGACGCCCACCGCGACGGAAGCGCAGCCAGCAGCUUACCUGCCCCGGGCCUGAAGAGGCUCCGAAGCACAUCGGCCUUUGGGCAGACUUUUGGCAACAAGCUAAACAGCAGCUAAGAUUUUACAAGGAUGCAGCGGUACGGAAAUGGUGGAUCCUGGCGGUUCCGUUGCUGCUGUGUCUGCUACUGGUCGGGUUGGGUGUGUUUGGUGUCGUAUAUGCCGCCACUCAAAUGACGGAGCAGCAGCGGGACUAUGUGAGAGGUGCACUUGCCUCCACGGCAAUCGGUACGGUGGCCGGGCAGCUGGAAAUUGCCACAUUUGCCGUUAUGACCCUCAGCGCCUUCCUGACUCAACGACCCAACUGUACGGAAUUGGAUACCGGCUACAACCAGUUGGCGAGUGUGAUUUUUCAGUGGGACGCCAAGCAGGCUGUGUACCAGCUGCAGGCCAUGCCUGCCGCGGUCGUCAAGUACAUCCACCCGUACCCGAAUCCGGAGCUCGCCAAAAAACUCAUUGGACGAGACAUUCUGUACGAGGCGCAGUACAGGAACGACACAAUCAAGCAGAUUCAGGCCCGUGAUCAGCGACUGCUUUUGGGGCCUUAUGACCUGCUGGAGGGAUUCAAAGCAAUGUUCGUGACGUAUGCCGUUUUCCUUCCCGCGCCUGACCCACUGCACGACUGGGGCUGUGGCGUACAGCCGUACAAAUGCCCACCAGACACCUGUUGGUUGCCUGAUGCGGCCAAUCCCGGUGGUUACUUGAAGCUGUGGGGCAUGGCCACAAGUCUAGUACGAUUGGACGUGCUCAAGGAAGGUUUCGGUUUCCAAACCUAUGAGGAACAGGGCUACCAUUUCCGACUUCGACAGCUGCCAGAUAACAUCAACCGCGAAGCUGUUAUUGACGGUACGGCAGAACCACCCCGGGAUCCCGUAACGCUCACAUUUCAAAAGUACAACCUCCAAUGGGUUUUUGAAGUGGCGCCGGCGGCGGGUUGGGUACCGGCCUGGCGGGACCCGUGCCUUGCUGCGGUUAUAAUUGGGUCGGUUGUGGUUUCGUCGCUGGUUUUGUGGCUACUCCUCACCCGUGAAAAGCACAACCUGCUACUGCGGGCGAUGCUUCCCAGAAAGGUUAUUCGUCAGCUCCAACGAGGCGAGCAAACGGUGGUGGAGGAAUAUCACGACCCAGUUACGAUUCUUUUCACGGAUAUCGUGUCGUACACGGAAGUUGCUUCCCAACUGACACCUCUCCAGGUGGUUAGGUUGCUCAACGACCUGUACACUGAAUUCGACGCACUAACAGACAAACACGGCGUCUACAAAGAAUAUAUUUCAUUAUUAGCCAUUAGGGAUCGGCCACCGGGGAUGCUCCAGGAGGGGGCCGUCGUAGGUGGGUUGAUGGACAG